UGAAAUUAAAUUUUUACUUUCAUACAUAGAAAUGUUAAACGUGAAAAAAAAUUAUUUAGUUUUUGAGAUUUUGAAUUUAGUAUAUAUUUAAAGUUCCAAAGAUUGUCGGGUGGCGCUGCGAGUACUAAAUUUCUUCCGCUAGAUGUAUCAUGUAACUUUUACAAUCUCACAGGCAGGCGGCUGUCUAAAACCCAACUGACGCUGAGCGCAGCACACCACACGUGGUAGAGACAGUACCAAAAAAAAACAACAGUGCCGGCUUAAUAAUUUUGUUAAAAUUCAGUGAUUUUACAUAUCUUACCAUGCAGUCCAAGCAGAAAAAAUACGAGUGGAAUUGGGAUAACUCGAAGAUUGUUAAACCAGUCGAGGAUCAAGACGAGUCGAGCAGUGACGACGAAAUAAAGGAAGAAAUUUCAGUGAAGAAAAAAAAGUUAUCCGCGUCCGAGAGGCGUGAAUUCGAGAGAGAAAAGGAGAGGUUGAUUCGCGAGAGAGAAGAAUUCUUUGCUCGCAAUGCUACACCCUCCACAGUUGAACAGUUUGAACGUCUUGUCAUAGCAAGGCCAAACAGCUCGAUUCUUUGGAUACGUUUCAUGGCUUAUUACGUGGAGAAUACCGAAUUGGAAAAAGCCAGAGCCACUGCCAAACGAGCUCUGAAAACCAUUGCAGCGCGCCAAGAACAGGAGAGGCUGAACGUUGUCUACGCCUGGUUGAAUCUCGAGUCAACAUUUGGUACUGCAGAAUCAUUGGAACGUGUAUCGGAAGAUGCAAUUCAAAUAAAUGAUCCCUUCAAAGUGUUUCAGCAUCUACUUGCGCUUCACGCAGAAGCUGGAAGGUUUGAAAAAUUGAAAGAAACUAUAAAACAAUGUACUCAUAAAUUAUCUCAUAAUAUGGAAACUGGGCCUGCUUGUGCAGCUGCUUUGUAUAAAGUUGGAUUGGCAGAUGACGCUAGAGAAAUUUUAAUGAAAACUAAACAAAAUGUAGCGCCUUCCAGACAUGUAGAUUUAGAAAUAAAAUUUGCCAUCUUAGAAGGUAAACACGGACAUAGAGAGCAAUCUUGUAAUCUGUUUGAAAAAAUUAUAUCAGAACAUCCUAAAAGAGUUGACAUUUGGUCAGUGUAUGUUGAUUCUCUUGUUAAAAAUGGUGACAUCAAGAACGCCAGACAGACAUUGGCUAGAGUGGCUUCAACAUCUUUGCCGCCAAAGAAAAUGAAAGUUAUUUUGAAAAAAUACUUGAACUUUGAAGAGACUCAUGGAACUCCAGCCACUAUAUCAGAAGUGAAGGAGCGUAUCAUGAAAUACGUGGAAGAUACUACAAAUAAAUAAAUCAAUUAUAAACAAAUUAUCUAGUUGUAAAUAUAUGUACAUAUACUGUUCUUU